GUGAAAACUAGAAGUAACAAGUUCAUUCACUCAUUUCAUCAUUUACCAAAAGAAAUUACGGUCAUUACAGUCUUUCGUUAUCAAAUUAUUUUUAUUUUCAAUCGUAAAAUUUUGUGAAAAACAACAAAAUAAUCCGCGAACAAAGUAUAAUAAAUGGGCAGUCUUCGAAACGAAGGAACGAUGUUUCAAUAUGUUUUGAAAUAAUUUACAUUUAACAAAGUGUUUCGAUUCUAAAAAUCACGAUGGAUGCGAGCACUUCGAGUAAAUCCUUACUGGAGAAUCACGAGCAGCAAUAUGCCAUCGUUUCAGCUGAAAUAACAUCUAAAAUCAAUAAGCUUUCUACAGGAUCAGAAGAUCGCAAACAGCUAUGCUCCGAUAUCGAGAAAUUGAUCGAAGACGGUCAAGAAUUGAUGGAACAAAUGGAACUAGAAGUUAGAGAUGUGAGCUCAUCGUCACGUAGUAAAUACACAAAUAGGAUAAUGUGUUACAAAGCCGAACUUUCCAGACUAAAUAAGGAUUUUUCUAGAGUUAAGAACGAAGUACGAAUGAACCAAACAGGCGAUACCGGCGGAUUAUUUGCAGAAUAUAAUGAUAUUAAUAGGGAGCAGAAGCAAAGACUUUUGGAUACAACCGAAGAAAUAGAACAGACCGGUAAACACUUAUCGAAUGGGUAUAGAAUUGCCAUCGAAACCGAAGAAUUGGGAUCGAAGAUAUUAAAUGAUUUACAUUCUCAACGAGAAACAAUUCAGCAUUCGUUGAACCGAUUACAUGAGACCAAUUCCGAAGUUAGAGAAAGUUCGAAUAUUUUAUCUAAUAUGGUUAAUCGAUCGAUCAAGCAUCGCUUAAUAUUAGGAGGAGUUUUUACCACGUUCGCUUUAAUCGUCGUCUGUACUAUUUAUUAUAAAAUUUAAGAGAAUUGAAUGUUCGUAAAAAUUCUGAGUACUGAGUUGGCAAUGAAUACUUCAUCUGUGAUUUAUACUUUCCAAGCAUCGCUUAGCGUUGUGAGGAAGGUGUUGUUUAUUGAUAGGUUUGUUAAUCGUACAAAUACGAAUAUAGGAUUGGUUAUUAAUUUA